AUGUACAAAGGGAAAAGAAAGUACAUUGAAAUUUGGCAGAAAGUUGAAAUUGCUGAAUUUUACAUUCAACACCAAAAUGAGAUGAGCAUGAGAGAUGUUGCUGCAAAGUUUCAUGUCAACUCCUUUAGCUCGAUUUCCGAAUGGGUGAAUAAGCUUGAUGAGUUGAAGAAAUCAGUAAAAUCUGAUAAAAAAUUAAAAUUAGAAAGCUUCACUCAAUUUCCAGAGCUAGAGAAAGAACUAGUUCAUUGGUUUACUGCAAUCCGUGAGCAAGGUAUUCAGGUUCUCAGAUCAACGAUUGAGGAGAAAGCAAAAAGUUUGGCGGCAGAAAUGGGAUUGGCGCGAUUCGGCUGUGGAGAUAAAUGGUGGCAAGGAUUUAGGACCAGAAAUAAUUUAUCUUUCAGAAAAAUCAAUGCCUCAAGCAUUAAGCCAAUCGAAAAAGAGGCAGAACUUGUCAGGCAAUACCUAGAUGAUUUAGCGUCAUUGCUUCCUCAAUUCGUUCCAUCUAACAUUUACAAUUUCGAUGAAACGAGAUUUGAUUGAGAUGUAAAAAGCAAGUUCACUUAUGAUUUCAAGGGAACUCAACGAAUUCUAGGCGUUCAAUCAGCUAAAAUGAACCAUUUUAUCACUGUUAUGCUUAUGAUUAGAGCUGAUGGAGAAAAAAAUGCCUGCUUUGCUCAUUUUUCAAAGAGAAAAAUGGCCAGAUCCCGAACCUUGUAA